AUGGAGCCUGCCCGAAAUCUCUACAAAAAUGACAUCGACUUUGCAGCCUUGGCGUUGCAGUCGCGAGACUUUGCCAAACAUUUGCGAUUUAAUGGACAACUGGACUUCCACGAUGAAGCAGCCGUUAGACAACUUACCAUCAGCCUGUUGCAGCAUGACUUCGGGCUCAAAGUUGAGCUUCCUACUGAUCGACUGUGCCCUCCAGUGCCCAAUAGGCAAGUGAUCGGCUCACUGAACUACAUAAUUUGGGUCCAAGAUCUCCUUGACUCAACAACUGGGACAGUUCAUGAUACCUAUGACCCGGACCGAGAAGUUGUUGGACUUGACGUGGGAACAGGAUGCUGCAGCAUUUACCCCUUGCUGGGUUGUAAAACACGUCAUAGAUGGAAGUUUGUUGCUACUGAUAUUGAUGAGCAAAACGCGCGAACCGCACAAGAGAAUAUCGCCCUGAACGAGCUUGACUCGCGCAUUCAAUUCAUAAAGACCGACCUGGAAGGUCCCUUAUUCCCUCUUGACAAAUUCACCCACAAAACCCUCGACUUCACCAUGUGUAACCCCCCGUUCUACGCAUCACAAGAAGAGAUGUUAAGUUCAGCAGAGACAAAAUCACACGUCCCGUUCUCCGCAUGCACAGGGGCUGCCGUGGAAAUGAUCGCGCCCGGCGGCGAAGUCGAGUUUGUUACUCGCAUGAUUGACGAGAGCUUGCAACUGCGAGACCGAAUCCAAUGGUACACAUCCAUGCUCGGAAAACUGAGUAGUGUGACCAAGCUCGUUGAGCUGCUAAUUGAACACAAUAAUCACAACUACGCCGUCACCGAAUUUGUGCAAGGCAGCAAAACGAAGCGAUGGGCUGUGGCGUGGUCAUGGGGAGAUCGGCGACCUGUGAUGUCUGCAGCGCGGAAUAUUCCAGGAUUUCCGAAACAUCUGCUCCCGUUCCCGGCUGAUUUUAGCUUCACACUUCCCAUUGAGACGAACAUCGAUACCGCCAUCGGAACUAUGAACACUGAACUUGGUUCGCUCCCCUGGUACUGGGACUGGAACAAGAGUGUCAGUGCUGGUGUCGGAUUUGCGCCUGAGAAUGUGUGGUCUCGACAGGCUCGAAGGAAGAUGAAGCUUGCAGGACAAGCAGGGACUGGCCAUUUAGAUGCUAUUCCACAAGAAGUUGCGUUGGGAGUUCGAGUCCAACUGAGGCUACUCAAGCGGAAAGAGCCAGAAUUGAAAGAAGUGCAAGUCUUGGUCCGUUGGAUCGAAGGGACAGACAGUGUGCUCUUUGAGAGUUUUUGUGGUAUGUUGAAGCGGAAGAUGGAGGGUAAAUGA